AUGUCAUGGCUAGAAUAUGCAUUCGGAAAUCAUGCAAAAGAAUCGCAAAGUCAUCAAAUAUGGAUUAAUAUGAGAAAGACAGAAGCGGAAAUAAUGACAACCUUCAAUAUAAAGUGGAAGAAUGAAAAUAGAAUAAUAACUAAACGCCCUAGUAAACUUCCAAGAGAUAGUAAGAAAUUAAGAAACUGGCAACAGCAAACAGACUUAAUCAUUUUAAACCCUAGUCUAAUUCAUCUACCUGAAGAUUCCCAGAUAUUAUUUCUUCCAUCAAAUCAUGCAAUCUAUGAAGAGUAUGAAUAUAUCGGUCAACAUGACAUGAUUGAGGAUUAUGAAGAACAAAGAAAUGAUGAUGCACAUAAAUUGGCUGAUGAUCCCCCAACUACUGAUGAAUUAGUUUAUUCAUUUUGGGAUGUAAUAGAAAAACUUGAUGAUAAUAUAGUGGCUGAUGAU